AUGGCAGCCAAUAUUACAAUAGGAUACAAAUUUAUACCAACGGACAAAGAACUUAUUCUUCAUUAUUUGAGAGCAAAGGCCAAAGGACAGCCAUUACCGGUAGAGGGUUUAGUGAAUGAAUGCAAUCUCUACGACGAUCAAGAAUUGUUGAAGAUAUUCAGCAAAAUGAGAACCAAAUCGAAGUUGUACUAUUAUUUUACGGAGUUGAAGAAGAAGAAUGGAAAAGGAAAAAGGAUUGAUCACAUGGUGGGGAAGGGUACAUGGAAGGGACUCGACAGAGUUCGAACCGAUGAGUAUCGACCCGUCACGGCUUGUGUAACGGACAAAAAUUAUGUCCUAUGUGUGAUCAAAAGGAAGCGUCGCAGGGUAGAAAUCGAACAACAAGAGCAACCAGUUGAUGAUUCCGACAUUGACCAUUACUUCAUCGAACAAGAAGAACCUACUGCAGCAGUUAUACAACAAGAGCUAGCUCCAACUGAUGAUGAUGACCACUUUGAUUGGGACCAAUUUGUUUGGGAUUCCACUUUGACAGCUACUCCAGUUAUACAACCAGAAAAGCAACCCACUACAGCAUUCAUACAACAAGAGCUAGCUGAAGCUGAUGAUAAUGGCCACUUUGAUUGGGAUUAG